AUGGCGCCUCUGGGUGCUCUUGCCGUCAGCCUUGUCUCCCCAAUUGGGUGUCCGCCCAAGUGCGUCGGUGACUCCGUUUCGGGGGCCAGGACUCCGUCGGCUCCGUUCAGGGUGACAAGCCCCGCUCCCGUCGCACUUCGCCCUCUGGCGCGUCUUCCCCUGAAGCGCCAUUCGCGGCUCCCCGCCACAUCAUGUUCCGCCGGAGGAUCGCCGCGAGGUGCCGCGGCGGAGACGAGCCGGAGCGCCGGUUCCGCCGGGAGCACCUCUAGCAGCGCGGGUGACACGCACCGCAGCCGCAGCGACAGGAGCGGCAGUGGCGGCAGCAGCAAUGGCGGCGGCAGCGGCUCGUCGUCGUCGUCGUCGUCGGUGCCGUCGCCCUUCGCAUUCGUGGGCCUGGACUACUACCAAAUCCUCGGCGUGCCCGUCGGCGCGCCUCCCGCCGACAUCCGGCGCGCGUACCGCGCGCUGCAGAAGAAGUACCACCCCGACAUCGCGGGCGCUCAGACGCACGAGAUGGCGCUGAAGCUCAACGAGGCGUACGACACGCUCAUGGACGACACGCGCCGCGCGUCGUACGAGAAGGAGUGGCGCGACGCGGCCGUGGCGGGGUACGUGGGGUUCACGGGGCAGCCGCGCAGCGCGUGGGCGGCGCCGGAGGGGCAGCAGCAGGCGAUCUUCGUCGACGAGGCGGCUUGCAUCGGCUGCCGCGAGUGCGUGUUCGCCGCCAGUCGCACGUUCCACUUCGACGCCGAGGCGGCCGUGACGCGCGUGCACACGCAGUGGGGCGACGCGCUGCCCGCCGUCCAAUCAGCCAUCGACAGCUGCCCCGUCAGCUGCAUCCACACGGUGACACGUGGCGACCUGCCCAUCCUCGAGUUCCUUGUGCAGCCGCGGGAGAGGGAGAGCAAGGGCAUCUUUGGGGGCGGCUGGGAGCCCGGGCACCCCAUCAAUAUUUUCACUGCUGCCCGCGAGUUCAAGCGCAAGCUAGAGAGCCAGCGGGAGGGGGCGGAACGCAGGCGGGCAGCCACGUCGGCAGCAGAGCAGGAGACGCCAGCUCAGCGUGCCGCCCGUCAGGAGGCGGACGCGAGGAUGAACGGGUUGGGCGGCGGGUUUUGGCAGAAGUGGGCGCAGGCAUGGGGGGCGUGGGGGGAACCAGGGGGGGAGGCAGGCGCGGAUGGGGGGGAGGGGAGUUCUCAGUGGGCCAGGGCGAAUACAGCUAGCAGCACGGCUGGCAGCAGUGAGGGUAGCCGUGAAGGUGGGAGGCAGGCAGGUGGGGGGAGGGGGGAGGAAGGAGGAAAGGGAGGAGGUGGUGGAGGGGGGAAGGGAGGAGGAAAGGAAGGGAAGAAGGGGGGGUGGUUCCCGUGGCAUGCAAUGCUGGGCACGGCGGCAUCGUCGGAGAUUCUCAGACAGCCGGCCGGGGAGGGCGUCAAGGAGGAGCUCAUAGCAUUCAUCCAGCAGUGGGCCACGCUCUGGUCUUUUUCCUCCGAGCUGCCCCUUCCUCUGCCCGUCCGUGUGGACAACCAAUCGGACGGCACCGAGCUGACGCUUAUCACCAUGCGCGGCGAUCUCCUCACGUCCGUCGGAUCGUUUGUCAUCACUGUGGAGCCGUUGGAUGCUGAUGCUCGUGGUGGAACUACUAGUGAUGGUGGUGAUAGUGGUGAUGGUGGGGAGAAUGGGGAGUGGGUGGUGGUGGUGAGGAGAAAGGGGGCCAUAGACAACAAAGCUUUGCCAGGAGAGGGGACUAUAGUGAAGGCACUGAGAGGAGCAUUGGCAAGGCAUGAUAGCAUGAAGGGAUACGAGGCGUAUCAUCUCCCUAGGAGCAGCAAGCCCAUGAAGUAG